AUGCACCCCAUCGCCAUGGCGUCCCUGUCCUUUUCUCUCUUGCUGCUUUCUUUUCUAUCCCUCUCACGUCUUCCCAUUUGGUGCCUGUCACAUCGAGGCCCGCACAGUACGCCAGUCAACACACGGCGUAUCAUCCAACGCAACCUACGCAGUACCCCCCGUACCUCAUUGCCAACGACUUCAAUCGUACCUUAUGGUCCAUGGAUACACUGUACACUGUCCAUUGGCUUUGGAUGGAAAGGCAAUGGCUAA